CCUACAUCUUCCCCAUUUCAGGUGAGUGCGUGUAGAAUUCAGUAGAGGCAAUGCCAACAGAGAAAGGAUUGGUGGAUUUCAUCUUCUCUUGGUCCAUCCAAGAUGUAUUCAACGACGAUCUCUUCAAAGGAGAGGUGAAAAAGAUCCCAGAUAAAUUUCAAUCCGUAGAGCAGUAUUGUGGAUCGUUCAUUUUUCCUUUGAUUGAGGAAACACGGUCCGACCUAUGUUCGAGUAUGGAGGUUCUCUCUAAAGCACCAGUCUAUAAAAUACAAUUAGUUGGGGUAUCUAGUUGUAAGGAUGUGUAUGGCAUUUCCAUGGAACCUUUCAAAAACGUUUUGGAUAAGGGAGGAAAAGAAACUUCCGUUCCAAAGACAGGAGAUAUCUAUGCUUUGUGCAAUGUGGUACCUUCAAGAGUUGCUGAUCUAAACUGUGGUGGGAGAUCCUACACUCUUGGUUUAGUUACUGAGAAUAAAGAUGCUGAAAGUGGACCACCAUUUGAAGUUCAAGCCAUGGUAUCGAAGGAGGUUGUGGCUCCAGACGGAAAGGAUAAACCUCUUUUUGCUGUUUUCUUGAUCAAUAUUACGACAAACAAUCGUAUCUGGAUGGCCUUGAAUGCACCCUGUAGAAAUUCCAAUGUCAUAAAGGAAGCAUUGUGCACCAAUUCUUCAGUUGGGGGAAGUUGCAAAAACUGUUCUUCUGGAGAAUUUGGACAGAAUAUUGAAGUUUUUUUGCAAAUAAUUCGGUCCAGUUUAUGCUCAUUCGAUCUGAAUGAGUCACAAACCAGAGCUGUAUUAAGUUCUAUAGCAGCAAAGCAAUGCAAGCAUAUGCAUUCAAUUCAACUAAUCUGGGGCCCACCGGGGACUGGAAAGACGAAAACAGUCAGUACAAUGCUACUGGCACUUCUAGCAUUGAAAUGCAGGAUAGUUAUGUGCGCACCGACAAAUGUUGCUGUCUUAGAAGUGGCCUCGCGUCUCCUGAGGUUGUUGAGAGAGUCAUGUCCUAUUGACCUAUGCCCAUUGGGAGACAUACUUUUAAUGGGAAAUAAGGACCGGAUGAAAAUUACUGACGAUCUCAAAGAUAUUUUUCUGAAUCACCGCAUCGAUAAGCUUUUGAAGUGCUUAUUUGGUUGGAGAGAUAAGCUAGAGUUAAUGAUACAAUUUCUCAAAGAUUAUGUUCCUCAGUAUGGAAUCUAUUUGGAAGAAAGGGCAAAGAAGGUUAAGACGGGUGCGGAUGCCUUGACAUUUCAGGAUUUUGUCAAGAGCCGAUUUGGUGGCGUUGCAUUUGGUGCCAUUGCAGAGUCACUGAAGAAUCAUAUUAGAAGCUUUUGUACUCACUUACCAUCAUCUUCACUUUCGAAAAAUAACUUUGAAAAGAUGGUUUCAGCUUUCAAGUUGAUUGAAUCCCUUGAAAGCUUGAUCUGUACUAAUAAUGUCGGCGACAAGGAGCUCAAGAAACUAUUUACGCAGUCCGAAAGAGAAAUUUUUUUAUGCAAGGCCCAAAAUGAGUGUCUUCAAAUUCUAACAGAUCUUCAAGAAAAUCUGAUUCCCCAAGUUCUCGAAGAAGAUUUGAUUCAAGAACCAAGAGAUCUUAAAGGAAAUUUUCAGUUUCCCGAUUUUUGGAAAAAAGAUUUGAUUCGAAAAUUUUGCUUGAAAAGUCCUACCCUCAUUUUUUGCACGGCUUCUAGUUCAUCUGCAUUGCAUCUUUUAAAUAGCAAACCAUUUGAGCUGGUGGUUAUCGAUGAAGCUGCUCAGUUGAAAGAAUGUGAGUCGUUGAUUCCAUUACAACUACCAGGUAUACAGCAUGCUAUUCUUGUCGGCGACGAGCGCCAAUUGCCUGCACUUGUUAAAAGCAAGGUUUCUGAGAAAGCUGGCUUUGGACGAAGCCUCUUUGAGAGGUUGAGUUCGUUGGGACAUAAGAAGCACCUUCUCAACGUUCAGUACAGAAUGCAUCCUUCCAUAAGUGCUUUCCCAAAUGCCAAUUUUUAUGGGAACCAGAUUUCCGAUGCUCCAAGUGUCAAGCAUAAAAUUCAUGAAAUGCGGUACCUUUCACAACGUAUGUAUGGUUCAUAUUCAUUUAUUAAUAUUGAUGAUGGAAGGGAGACAGUCAACAAAGGAACUAGUUGGAAGAAUAUGGUAGAGGUGGCUGUUGUUUUGCAAAUACUGAGAAACCUUUCAGAAGCAUCUGUUGCUUUGGGACAGAGGUUUAGGGUUGGUGUUGUGUCACCCUACAAUGCUCAAAUCGUUGAAAUUCAACAGAAACUAGGAAAAACAUAUAAAGCACACGGGGACUUUGUUGUGAAUGUCAAGUCCAUUGAUGGGUUUCAAGGUGGUGAAGAGGAUGUGAUCAUAAUGUCUACUGUCAGGUCAAACAGUAAGGGAUCAGUCGGUUUCCUUUCCAAUACUCAACGGACAAAUGUGGCUUUGACCAGGGCCAGGCACUGCCUUUGGAUUUUGGGGAAUGGGCAGACCUUAAUUAAAAGUGGUUCCAUCUGGAAGAAAAUAGUCCUUGAUGCGAAGCAUCGGGGAUGCUUCUUUAACGCUAAGGAGGAUGAGAGUUUGGCCGAAGAAAUCAUCCGUGCCAACAAACUUGAGGAGGACUUAUCAAGACAUUUUGCUUCUCUUAAUCUAGGCAAUGAACCUGGUGGUUCAGCUCGAGAGUUAAGGGGUAAGAUUUCACAUCUUAAGAGUCCCAAAAGAACUGACCCCAUGGAGGGAUUAUCAAGUAACUUAGCUUCGCUCAAUCUAGGGGAGGAACAUGGUGAUUCAGCCACAGUUUCAAGAGAUUCUAAGAAAACUCAAGAGUCAAAAGCAAGUUCACCGAAAGAGACUGGUGAUCAUUCUCGACUUGUGAAUACUAGCACUAGUGUCAAUUUCCAAAACAGGAGUAAAGGAGAAGCUGCUGGGGAAAGUAGUCAUGCAGACACGCCCGAUGGAGGAAUUGGAGUUCACAAUCAUAAACAAGUAAGUUUUUGGCAAAGAUUAGUUGGGUUGUAUUGA